AUGAAGUCCGAUCUUAUGAUGACCGGAGCUUCACCGCCGUCCGAUCAGUCCACGUCGCCGGCCGAAAAGCAUCACUGCAGAAAUGUGGUCAGCUUGAUAGUAGGGAGAGAAAUUUCUCCUCGAGCAAAACGCUUGCCUAGAAGACGGUGGGGAGAAACUCCUAAAGUGAAAGCUGGUUCCUCUUCCACUGGCCCUGAGUGGCAAGCAACAAUAGAUGCUAAACGUGGCCUUCUUUCAUGGGUUGAAGCAGAGUCACUACAACAUUUGUCAGCGAGGUACUGUGAUUUAGUGCCUCCUCCGAGGUCAACCAUUGCUGCAGCAUUUAGUCCCGAUGGAAGAACGGUUGCUUCUACACAUGGUGAUCACACUGUAAAGAUAAUUGAUUGCCAAACUGGAAGGUGCUUGAAAGUUCUGAGUGGCCAUAGGAGGACACCGUGGGUGGUGAGGUUCCACCCUUCACGACCAGAAAUAAUUGCUAGUGGGGGUUUGGAUCACGAAGUUCGCCUAUGGGAUCUAAACACAUCUGAGUGUAUAGGAUCACGUGAUUUCUAUCGACCUAUUGCAUCCAUAGCCUUUCAUGCGACAGGGGAACUCCUAGUUGUUGCAUCAGGACACAAGGUGUAUAUAUGGAACUACAAAAAGCAGCAGUCCUCUCCAGACAUUGUAUUGAAAACAUGGCGUUCACUUAGAGCAGUGCAUUUUCACCCCCAAGCUGCUCCGUUUCUUCUAACUGCUGAGGUCAAUGAUCAUGACUCUUCAGAUUCCUUGAUGACACCAGCAACAUCUUCGGGAUACUUGCAAUAUCCUUCUCCUGCUGUUUUCUUGGCAAACGUCCAUUCUAGUGAACGCCUUAGUUUGGCUGCUGAACUGCCACAAAUGUCUUUGCCUUUCUUCUUUGUGUCACCGUCUGUAGAUGGUCCAAGAACAGAAAUGCAGGGUGAUGGGCAUGUUGGUUCAAGUAACAUGCAAGUCGCAUCUGCCUCACGCCAGUUUGAAUCAGAUGCAAAUGCAACAGAGCAGAGGGAUAGCACAGUUUCUCCCAUGGAGGCAUUUCCAUCAGUUCCAUCUUUUUCUCAUCUCAACGAUGCAAUGGAGACUGAUGAAAUGCAGUCUGUAGGGAGAAGCCAGCAUGAAAACUCUACCAAUGUAGAUAAUGCUAUUGAUAGACUACCUGAAAAUGUAUCAAAUCCUCUUCAAUUUGCUGAACCUCGGCAACUUCGUCAUAUGUUUCCUUAUAGAGAUCCAGCAUUUUGGGAGCUUCCUUUUCUCCAGGGAUGGUUAACGGGUCAGAGCCAAGCCAGUUUUCCCGCAAUGGUUCCCCUUAAUGGUGCUGGGCUUGACACUUUAGCCCAACAUAAUGUUCCUUCUAAUUUAGCACCACUUGUGGCACCUUCUUCAGCAAUGCGAGGAAGCACCAGCUUAUCUGGGGUUUCUGGAAGAGCUGGUUUGCAAUUUCGCUUCUCAGUACCGGAAUCUGGGGAUAGUGCCGCUAUCUUAAACGCCCUGCAUGAUGGGAAUGAAGCUCAGCCCAUUGUUAGCAGAAUCCAUUCUGAAAUUACUACAUCACUGGCUGCUACAGCAGCUGCAGAGUUACCAUGCACUGUGAAACUAAGAAUAUGGUCGCAUGACAUAACAAAUCCUUCUGCUCCACUCAAUGCUGAACGAUGCCGCUUAACCAUUCCCCAUGCUGUUCUUUGCAGCGAAAUGGGCACUCAUUUCUCUCCUUGUGGGAGAUACUUAGCUGCCUGUGUUGCAUGCAUGCUUCCUGAUAUGGAAGCUGAACCUGGACUGCAAAGUGUAGUCCAUCAAGAUUCUAGAAUUGCAACAUCCCCAACCCGGCAUCCAAUCUCAGCACAUCAAGUCAUCUAUGAGCUUCGCAUAUAUUCACUUGAGAAGGCAACAUUUGGUUCACCACUUGCUUCCCGAGCUAUCAGAGCUGCACAUUGUUUGACUUCGAUUCAGUUCUCACCCACGUCUGAGCAUAUAUUAAUUGCUUAUGGUCGACGCCAUGGUUCUCUUCUUAAAAGUAUUGUCAUUGAUGGUGAAUCAACAGUACCUAUUUACACUGUUCUUGAGAUCUACAGAGUUUCAGAUAUGGAACUUGUGAGAGUACUUCCUAGUGCAGAUGAUGAGGUUAAUGUUGCUUGCUUUCAUCCGUUUGCUGGUGGUGGUCUGGCUUAUGGAACCAAGGAAGGGAAGCUUAGAGUCCUCCACUUUGAUAGUGCUCACGGUGGAAACUGCUUUACAGAGGAUAAUAUGGCUGUCCUGGUAUAGUGAGCAAGGUUGUGCCACAUUCUUCCGUUUUAUAUUUCUUGGAUCCACAACGAUGUAGAUAUCGGAAUGCACAUUCUUAAAGAGCUUCUGCACAUUACAAGAACACAUAUUCUGAAGUGCAAAGCAGGAGGAUGUCAAGAGGAUCCGGAAACUUGUGAAAGAUGGUGGUUACCCUAUCAAAGGUGAAGCGAUCAGCUCCCAUAUAAAUGAAUGGUUGUGUUUAUGAAAACCAUGUGUGGGUGAUAGCAAGGGACAAGGUAGAUUCAUGUACAUAUAAUAACGAUGUUCGAUUAUAUAGAAAUAGAAAAAGAAAAUAAACGUAUUUGAUCACAUCAGAUCAUUUGAAAUCAGUUCGUUUUUCUUUCUUUUUUUUCCACGUAACCUGUGAAAUACAUCUUUCGAAAGCUUUUCUGCUGAUUUGAAAUAGUAUGCAUUACAACAAUAGACAUUUUCUUUUUGUAUUUUUA